AUGGCGCCUCUGGAGCAGGCCGUGGCUGCUAUUGUGUGCACCUUCGAGGAAUAUUCAGGGCCCUGUUGGAGACAAGUAAAGCUCUGCCAGGCAGAGCUCAAGGAACUGCUAGAGAAGGGGCUGCCCACCUGGACCCCGACAGAGCUUCGGGAGUGUGACCACAAUAAGUUCAUGAGUGUCCUGGACACCAGCAAGGAUCGCGAGGUGGACUUUGUGGAGUACACGUGUCUGCUUGCCUGCCUCUGCGCCUGCGGCCAUGAGUACUUCAAGGACUGCACCCUGGGCCCCCACUGCUCCCAGUAA